AUGAACAAGGGUUAAUCUCGGAGAAGAGAUCAUUUCCUAAUUUCUUCUCUCAUAUUCACCAAUGAUAAUUAUUAGUAUUUAAGAAGUACAGAUUCGUAAUAAACUGAUGCAAAUUGUAGGACUAAAUUUUGUUAAUAAUACAAAUUUUAUUAAUUCUCCGAAAUCUUCUGGAUCACCUUCAAGAAUGAAUUUUUCAAUUCAAAAUAAAUUUUUCCAUCAAUCAAAUAUUUUUUAUGGAUUCAAUAAAAAAAAGAAUAUCAACCACCUGAAUAGCCAUUAAGAGAGAAAUUAAGUGACAAUAAAUAAUAAACAGAUAACAAUAAUUUCGAUGCUUUUGAUUUAUAAAGAUUUUAUUGA